UGAUUUGUUUGAGUUUAGCCAUAAAAGAUAUUUUGAUGACAAUAUCUGCUUUGUGUCAUGAUGAGGCGCCAAAUUGUUUUCCUAGUGCGUUCGGGUCAAAAAGUUAGUCCGGCCCACUAUUAAAACUAGAAAAGGCUCAGACAAGAGGCGUGGACUUGAUAAAGAGAACCUCAAAAUAAUUACCUGGCGUAAAUUCUCAUUUAACCGUUCUUUUCUGCACUGAGAUUUUAUCUCAAGCUUAUGGAGAGAUCACCGAGCUUGAACGAGGUUCUGGUUUGAAGAAAAAAGACUUGAAGACGUGGGAAAUGAUUCCGUGAUAUUUGCUAUCGCUGACAAAAUCAAAGUCAUCGCAAUUCUGCCCACUUGUCAAAAACGAUAGUAGAUGACGCCAAAGAGCUGUCCUUGUGACCUUUAAAGAUGAAACUGAGAUUUAGAUUAACAACGAAAAACGAGGCGAGUCAUACAUGACGUGUCUCAAGCUCACUCAUUAACCAACCCACACAUUCCUACCUACUCUUUGAUCUGUGUACAGUCAAUAGGCCAGCAGCCAUCUUGAGUAGCGUCCGUCAGGGCUCGCGUUAUGUCUUCUUUUUCCGUGAAGAACAUCCUCAGCUUGCCGGAAUCGUGUCUUCAAAGCUGCUCCAACGCUUCUCCACGGGUUCCUAACAUUUGCCAAGGUGUUAAUCUCUCCCCCGAUCGUUCUACAGGAUCUAAUUGCAUAAUAACGACGAUGCCUCCAUCCGGUCCGCAAAGCCAAGACAACACUUCGGGUCCUCGACCACAUCCUGAGAUGAACGAAGACUGUGCAGGGAACGACGUGCUACAGCAAGCUCCAAAAAUCAACAGAGAUGAGUCUAGCGAUGUUCCAAAGAAAAGAAAGCGACGGGUACUCUUCACCAAACACCAAAUCUACGAACUGGAAAGACGAUUUAGAUAUCAGCGCUACUUAUCAGCCCCAGAAAGGGAACAACUGGGACGGAUGAUCAACUUGACGCCAACACAAGUCAAAAUAUGGUUCCAGAAUCAUCGAUACAAGCAAAAGAAGCAAGCAACAGAAGCAGGAGAGUUUAAAGAUUCUCACUCGCUCUAUCCCAGAACUGUGCCGGUGCCUGUUUUAAUCCGCGAAGGUCAGCCAUGUUAUUCGAGUGAUUUUGGCAACUCAGUGGGAAAUUACUACCCAAACCAAUAUCAACCAACAUAUGACUACUCAAACUCUUACGGGAAUUCUUAUUCCUACACAGCACCUAUUUCAUCCAUGAACUCGUCCUGCAUGCAAGCGUACUCAUAUUGUAAAUGGUAAAGAAAGAGCAGUAAUGUUUGAUAAACUGUGGAGGAAUUAUUUCACAAUGAAUGACUAUGCAGUCUUGUUUUGGCCGUUACAAGAUGACAAGCUAAACCAUGGCCAAGAGAGACCAUUGAAACUGUCGAUCAGUCGAGAAAACUCGACAAAUUUUUUUUUUCUCCCUCUCUAAAACCCAUUUUCUGUAGUUUUUGGAAGAGAAUCUGUAAAAUAUCUCCAAGUGCCUAACUGUAAUAUUGCCGCAAUUCUAAGAGUUGAACAUUUAAAUCGCAUCAAUUUUGUCAAUUACACUGUCCACGAAAAUUCAAGUCUGAUACUUAUACAGGGAUAAAACUGUGGCUCCCGUUCGGUGAAGGUGACCAAAUUUCUUUUCCUUUUGUUUGAUCGUGACAUUUUUUGUUAUUAGUAGUUAGAAAAUGACAUUUUGUUUUGCCACUGCCAUUAAUAGAUCUAUUCUUCGAGACUUUCUCUGAGUUACUUCUCAAGUCAGGGGAUGGGUUACAUUUCACAGGAUUAAGUAACAUAAGCAAUGUCUUCGAAAAAAGACCCGCAAAUGGAUACACAGUCUUUCCUUCGAAAUGCUAUCAGACAAUAAAAAGAUAAUGGAGCAGAUUUUUCCAAUGAAGAGACAACCUGCUCAGUUAAAUGAAGAGUAUCAAAGGGCGUGUUUGCUUCAUCGACCUUCAUUUGAAAACAGACAUCUCAUUUAUGUUUUGUAUUCUGGUAGACAAAGUUCCUUAGUGGUUAUUUCUUCUUCUGAAAAAUGCAAUGAGAUGUUUUUACGAUUUCAAAUAAGUAAUAUUAUAGAAGAAGUUUAAAAAUAGGAAAAUAUAGAAUUUUAUGACCAUAUCGUUAUGGAUUAAUUCAUUGAUGAGAUGCGAGUCCUUUAGAAGGACGACUUUGUGGUCGGUAAACUAAUGUAAUACCUGUGAUUCUACCGAUGUAUUCAUUCUAUUUAUCUUCUAUGCUUUCGUUAAAAAAUUCGUAAAUAAUUUGAUGAUCUGUUCAUCAUCUCCUUUAGUUUAGGAGCACAAGGAUGCAAGACAGUUUUAAUGGCCAAAUGUUUUCCACUCGUGGUCUUCGGUUGCAAACUUUUAUUAACAAUCCACGGUUUGGAAAUUAGCUACCAGUACACAGAUUCAUCAUCUUAAAGUUGCUACAGAAUUCUUAAUUUAUUUCAUUCUAAAUGUUUUUAUGUGGUGCGUAAAUCUAGAAGGGCACUUCGUCGAACGAGUAGAAUUUAAACUUACCAUCAAGUUUAUGAAUGUGCAAUUAGAAAAAAUCCAUUGUAGUUUGGUUGAUGUAGCUCAGCUUCUCUGUUCAUAUAUAUCAUCUGAUGUACAUAUAUUUACUUCCAUGUUAGUAUGUUACUUUAGAUUCGGAUGAGAGCUCCACAAUAAAACUUCAUUCGUAAGAGA